AUGAUAAAUUUAAUCUCAAUCAUAUAAAUUGUCAUAUUUAAUGUAUUAGGAGCUCUCAUUGCUAAAUACUAAUGCGAUUGUUCAUUAUUUUUAGAAGAAACAGUUUGUUUAGGAUUAGACACUUGUGAUUGGUUUAAUGAUCUAUGUAUUUAAAAAGAUUGUUCUAAUAUUGAUGAAACUGAAUGUGAUUUAAUUGGAAAGUGUAGUCUUAAUCCUAAAGGAAAAUGUGAAGCUACUCAAUUUUGUAAAGAAUAUUAAGUCAAAGAUUAAAUAGAUUGCAUGAUAAAAAAAGGAAAUUGUGCUGCUGAUAAUAAAACAAAUACUGCUGGAUUUUAUUAAUGUAAAAAUUAUAUUUCCGUUGAUUGUAAUUCAUUAGCACCUGAAAAUUGUACUAAUAAUUAUGAAGAUGGCGAAACUUUUUGCUGGCUAAAUUCAACUAAAUAAUGCUAAAGCUAUAGCAUUAAUUCUUGUGAAGGAUUACCGUUAGAUAUCUGUGAUAAAUUAAAUUGUAAAAACUCAAAUGGGAUAUGUUCAUCCUUUAAAUGUUCUGAUAUAACAUCUUAAGAUUUGUGUACAUAUGUAAAAGAUGGUUAUUGGGGAGUAUUGACACUUUGUUAAUGGAAAGAAGAUUCAACUCCAAAAUGUAUUGAUAGAACAGAAACCAAUGAUUUUACUAAUGAAACAUGUUCUAAGUUGACAGAUGGUAGAUAUUAUUGGAAAAAUGAAUCUUGUGUAUCAUGUCCAAAAAAUUUUGAAGAUAGUCCUAAUUCCUCGUUUUAUUUAAUUCUCAACUUAAUUUUUAUUUUGAAUUAAUUAUGA